AACAGAGGACUAAAGAAGCAAGACGACUCAAAAGAGAAAGAGAGAAGAAAGUCCACAAAGAAAAAAGAGAUUAGAUUAAAAUGGCCUUUGAAGCUCUUGUGGGAAUCAAUGGUGAUAUCAUCACCAAAUCAUGGAUGGUGUCGAAGGGAGCUUACCAAACCGAGCCCUUUAUCAAAGAAGAAGCAGGGGGAAUCGUGUUUUUCGCCUUCCGACCAUCUUUCACGGCGAAAGAUUUGUUCGCUACGGGUAAUAAAUCUCCAUUUGGAGAAAUCAAGAUGAAGCGUGUUGAGUUUCCUUGUAUGAGAAGCAUCGGAAACAACGUUGACGCUACUGUUAACGAAGCUUUCCUCAAGAAUCUUGAACUCAUCAUUGGUCCAAGAACCUCAUUUCAUGCUUCUGUGCAAAGAGCGGUUGAUAGAGGACAAGUGAUUGUGUUCACAGGACAUUCUUCAGGAGGAGCAACUGCAAUAUUAGCAACAGUUUGGUAUUUGGAGAAAUACUUGAUACGCAAUCCGAGUGUUUUCCGUGAGCCUCGUUGUGUGACAUUUGGAGCUCCUUUGGUUGGUGACUAUAUCUUCAAGCACGCACUUGGGAGAGAGAACUGGAGCCGGUUCUUCGUGAACUUUGUCACAAGAUUCGAUAUUGUCCCUCGGAUUAUGCUUGCUCGGAAGGCAUCCAUAGAGCAAACACUGCCUUGUGUUCUUGGCCAAUUGGAUCCUACAAGAGUUUCUUCAACCCAAGAGGACGACGAGGAAAUAACAGAGUUUUACAAAACGGUGAUGCGAGACACAUCAACUGUUGCUUACCUAGCUGUCAAUCAGUUGAUUGGAAACGGUCAAGCGUUUCUAGAAACUCUUUCUAGUUUUCUUGAGCUAAGUCCUUAUAGACCAGUAGGCACUUUUGUCUUCUCUACAGAGAAAAGAUUGGUUGUUGUGAACAACUCAGAUGCCAUUCUUCAAAUGCUGUUUUACACUUCUCAGUGCAGCAACGAACAAGAAUGGUCUCUGAUUCCAUUUCGAAGCAUUACAGAUCACCAUGGCUAUGAGGGACUGGUACAAUCGAUCGGGAUUAAGUUGCUUAAUCAUUUAAAUCUACAUAACCUGCUUCUGGAUGGAGAAAACUCUAUAGGCUCUGCACUCAAUGACCUUGGAGUGAGCACAAGAGCCAGACAGUGCAUUCAUGCUGCAUUAGAGGCUGAGAAGCAACGGGAAGAAAAUCAGAAGAAGAUAGAUUCCAAAAAAGAUAAAAUUGUUGAUAGACUAAAUUGGAUAACGGUUGAAUACAAGCCGAAGUGUCAAGCUCAUAAAAACGGGUAUUACGAUUCUUUCAAAGUUUCAAAUGAAGAGAAUGACUUCAAAGCAAACGUCAGGAGAGCGGAGUUAGCCGGUAUUUUUGACGAAGGGCUUGGUUUGGUGAAGAAAGAUCAUCUUCCAGAUGGAUUCGAGGGGAGGGAAGACUGGAUCAAUUUAGCUACUCGAUACCGCAGAUUAACUGAACCUCUUGAUAUUUCAAACUACCAUAGACAUUUGAAGAAUGAAGACACAGGGCCGUACAUGGUAAGAGGAAGACCAAGCCGUUACAUAUACGCUCAGAGAGGGUACGAACAUUAUAAAUCGAAGGCAACAGGCAAGUUAGCAAAAGAUGUGCUUUGGAGCAAGGUAAAUGAUCUUAACUUAGGGUUACAACCCGAAGAAAUACAAGAGAUGCUAAAGAUAUCAGGAUCAGAGUGCGGAUCAUGCUUUUGGGCUGAGGUCGAAGAACUCAAGGGAAAGCCAUAUGAGGAAGUUAAGGCAAGAGUUAAGACAUUAGAAGGGUUGCUUGACGGAUGGAUCACAGAAGGAGAAGUAGAUGAUAAGGAUAUAUUUCUGGAGGGUUCGACAUUUAGAAAGUGGUGGACUACACUUCCCGAGAGUCACAAAUUCCAAUCACCGCUGCAAAGGCAUAUGAUGGAUGAAACAAGAGCUACCUGAACCUUGGGUGGUCGAUUAUUUAAGCUAUUGGAGCACUGGCUAGUCUGGCUUCUUCAUUUGUGCAAUAAGAAACGUAAUAGCACUCUGUUAUAUUGUUUAUCAAUCUGGUUUCCUCUUAACGAUGAUCUUAGGAUGAGAAACAUGUUUUAUGAUCAUUGUGAAGUACUGUCAUAGUUCUCUAUUCUAAUGCCAAAUUUGGUUUCCACU